UCUGCCAUAGAGAAGUUGACCUGGAAAGACCGUCUUCCUGGAUACUUCAUUAAUGUUUCCUCUAUCCUCUUCAUGUUUGGGCUGACAUUUUCUGCGGUUUUCGGUGUCAUCGUCUACCGGAUCACAGUGUCGGCUCUGAUGGCGAUGAGCCCCGACCCAGAGACCAAGUCCAACGUUCGAGUGACGGUGACAGCUACUGCAGUCAUCAUCAACCUCGUGGUUAUCCUGAUCCUUGAUGAAAUCUACGGUGCUGUGGCGCUGUGGCUGACUGAGCUAGAGAUUCCUAAAACAGAAACCAACUUCGAAGAGCGUCUCAUUCUGAAAGCCUUCUUACUCAAGUUCAUGAACGCGUACGCUCCCAUCUUUUACGUGGCUUUCUUCAAGGGACGGUUCGCGGGUCGACCUGGAAAUUACGUGUACGUCUUUAAUGAUUAUCGGAUGGAGGAGUGUGCUCCAGGAGGCUGCCUCAUUGAGUUGUGCAUUCAGCUCAGCAUCAUCAUGCUCGGGAAGCAGCUAAUCCAAAACAACAUCUUUGAGAUCGGCAUCCCGAAAUUGAAGAAGCUGGUGCGUGCAUUGAAGGAGAAAGAAUCAGCCCAGACAGAGAAGGAGGAGGAGAGGCCUCCACAGCAGUGGAACCUGGACUACGCUCUCGCUCCCUUUGAAGGCCUCACGCCGGAGUACAUGGAGAUGAUCAUCCAGUUUGGUUUCGUCUCUCUGUUCGUGGCUUCUUUCCCACUGGCUCCUCUCUUCGCCCUGCUCAACAACGUCAUCGAGAUCAGACUGGAUGCCAAGAAGUUUGUUACGGAGCUCCGCAGGCCAGUUGCUGUACGCGCUAAAGACAUUGGUAUAUGGUACAACAUACUGAGUGGAAUGGGAAAAUUCUCAGUCAUUAUAAAUGCCUUUGUGAUCUCCUUCACGUCAGACUUCAUCCCUCGGCUCGUCUACCAGUACAUGUACAGUCAGACGGGCACCAUGCAUGGCUUCAUUGACCACACACUAUCCCACUUCAACGUAUCCAAUUUUAAACCUGGCACGGCACCGCAUAACUCUGAGCUCGGAGACAUCACCGUCUGCCGGUAUAAAGACUACAGGGAGCCUCCCUGGUCUCCAGAUGCGUACCAGUUCUCCAAACAGUACUGGUGUGUCCUGGCUGCAAGACUGGCUUUCGUCAUACUGUUCCAGAACCUGGUGAUGUUCCUCAGCCUCGUGGUCGCCUGGGUGAUCCCCGACAUUCCCAAAACUAUCGUGGAGCAGCUCAAACGGGAGAAGAAGCUUCUGGUCGACGUCUUUUUACAGGAAGAGAAGGACAAAUUCCAGCUCAUCCAGAGCCUCUUCGCCAAGGACACCAACCUCCAACCAAGCAGCCACAUGCUCCAUCCAGGCCAGACCAUCCCCAUCCCAGGCCGCUACAGUACUCUACCCCCAUGCCCGACGGCCGGAGAGGCAGGAGGAGGGACGAGGGCGAGGUGCCGGGCCGCCAGCUUCAGCCAGUUCAGCAGGAAGGCUCCGUCUUCGCCCAGGAAUGAAAACGAGAAUUCGAGACACACAGCGGUGUGA